GAAGAGGAAGGAUAAGAUGCUCACAGAUAUACUUUGCGUGGCCGCUCUCUGGCUGGUGCGUGUGACGUCAUUACACGCCGAACAGGUGUUCGUUUCUAGAGGAGACAGCAGCUUUGAGUUUGCAAAUUUCAAUUUAUUGGAAAACAAGAUGCUACAAGCUCUUCAAAUAAUCGCCGCCGUUAACACGAAAGACAUUGUCGAUUGCGCGUUAGAGUGUCUCAAAAAAGAAUCAUGUCAGUCUGUCAAUUAUAAAGAUAAGUCAUGUGACCUACUGGACGCCACGAAGUAUAACAACGAGUCUGCACUCCAACUCGGCAGCGGUGUCACUCAUUUGUUUCUCAAGUCAGCCUGUGAUUUGUCUCCUUGUCGUAACGGAGCAACCUGCCAUCCACUACACAACAAUGGCUCAUACCGCUUUGCAUGCAGACUCCAUUACAUCGGGCAAAUGUGAGGUAGGUGGUACAAUACGAACACGCCAUGAAUGCGCAACACACGAUCACGCGACACACGGACAGAACACACGAACACACGGACGGAACACACGAACACGCAACACACGGACGGAAC